UAAAAUAGGACGAUAAAUCAUAAAAUAAAACCCCGAAAAAGAAAGGAAAAAAAGGUGUGGGGAAACGAAAAGAAAGACGAAGUCGGUCUGGUCACCGCCGGUUCGCUUCGGAGAAGAUGGCGAUGAGGGAUCUGGAUGCCGCCUGCGCCGUUCCUGGCAGCUCCUCCUCCUCGAAUCCCUUGGGCGCUCUCGCUGGCGCUCUCUUUCAGUCCUCCUCCAAGACUCAGGAAAUAAGGGGUCUUCCUGGAUCCACUGUUACAGUGCCUGUGCCUUCAGACUUUAGGGGUGAAGCCCCUCUGUCAACUAUUCCCGGGUCAGAAUAUGACAAUCAACAGUUUCAGCAGCCCGAUACUCAGAGCUCUGCAUUCCUAAAUGGCUUCCGUCCUGCUGUUCAUGGGGAUCUGGCAGAUGCUUGGGAUGAAGUCCAUCGACCUUCUGUUCUUCCCCAUGCCCCGCUCACGGGAAAUGAACCUCAUUUUGCAGAAUUUGAACAGAUUUAUGUCACUGGAGCCAAUUCUCGUAUUCAAUCAACAUUUGAUGGACCACCACAAAGAGUUUUGUCUAGUUUCCUUCAUUCCUUUAUGGACAGCGGUCGUGCUGGUGUUCCAUUUCGUCCAGCAGCAUUGCCAGCUCUUGGGUUGUCGGAAAGCGACAAACAAUGCAUACGUGAUCGUAGUUGCAUCAUGGCUCGUCAUAUUUUUGCUGAUAAAAGUGAAGACUACAUCAAUGCGCAGGUAAAUGCAUUGCUACAUUCUCUCGAUAUUGAUGGCGAUCAGCGGAUGAGGGGGCCUCCACGUGGACAGUAUCCAGAGCUAGAAGAGUACUGGACUGAGUCUCAGGGUGCUUUGAGGCCUGGUAUGCCUCAUCCUACGGAUAGAUGGGUUACUGAAUUUAGUAAACAGAGGGAAAGUAAUAAUCCUGAGGCAUGGGCUAACUCUUUCGAGCAACUGCAUGGCAGUAAUGGAUGGGCUUCUGAAUUUGAGCAGGAACAAUUUCAGAGUACUUCUGAUGGUCAAAAAACACUUAUGACUCUACCUAAUGCAGCAGCAGCACAGCAGGCUCAUAUGCUUGCGCAUACAUUAGCGCAAAAUGAUGACCCAAAAUUUCAGAAUUCAAAGUUUCUUCAAUUUGUUUCAAAGAUGAGUCGUGGUGAGCUUAUAGUUGAUGACAAUCAAAUCAAACCUGCUACUGGAUCCACCUCAGGUGAUUGGGCUGAUGAAUAUCAAACACAGCAUAAUGCAAAUUCAAACUCUUGGGCUGAUCAGUUUGUUCAGGAAAAGCUUUCACAUGGUCCAGAUAAUUGGGUGAAUGAGUUUGCUAGUGAAAGUCAGCAUGCGGGAGUUGAUGAUCCAUGGGUCAAUGAAUUCUCCAAAUUAAAUCUCGAAAAUGACUGGGCAGAAGAAUUUGGGCACCAGGUCAGUCAGGGAGUUCUGGGAGAAAGUUCUUCUGACCAGUGGAUAGAUGCAUAUGAUAAGUAUGUGGAUGAUCAGCUAAAGACCUCCAAGCAAUCGUCUAGUGCUUCAAGAGGGGUUUAUGUUUUCUCUGAUAUGAACCCCUAUGUUGGUCAUCCGAAUCCUUUGAAGGAAGGUCAGGAGCUUUUCCGCAAAGGGCUUCUGAGUGAAGCUGUUCUUGCUCUAGAAGCAGAAGUUUUGAAGAACCCUGAUAAUGCUGAAGGCUGGAGAUUGCUUGGAAUAACACAUGCAGAGAAUGAUGAUGAUCAACAGGCUAUUGCAUCAAUGAUGCGUGCUCAAGAAGCUGAUCCGACAAAUCUGGAAGUGCUUCUUGCACUUGGUGUGAGUUAUACCAAUGAGCUAGAGCAGCCUGAAGCAUUGAAAUAUCUUUACAGAUGGCUUCAAAAUCACCCCAAAUAUGGGGCUAUUGCUCCACCUCAACAGGGUGAUUCUUUGUACUACGCUGAUGUUGCAAGACUGUUUGGUGAUGCUGCUCAGAUGUCACCUGAGGAUGCUGAUGUGCAUAUUGUUCUUGGUGUACUAUACAAUCUGUCAAGAGAAUAUGAUAAAGCCAUAGAGUCCUUUAAGACAGCACUAAAACUCAAGCCCCGUGAUUACUCUCUCUGGAACAAGCUGGGUGCAACCCAAGCAAAUAGUGUUCAGAGUUCAGAAGCAAUAUCAGCUUAUCAGCAGGCACUAGACUUGAAGCCAAAUUAUGUUCGAGCAUGGGCAAACAUGGGCAUCAGUUAUGCUAAUCAGCAACUAUAUGAAGAAUCUAUUCGCUACUAUGUAAGAGCACUUGCCAUGAAUCCUAAGGCGGAUAAUGCCUGGAAUUAUUUAAGGAUAUCUCUCAGCUGUGCGUCUCGGAAUGACAUGUUUGAAGCUUGUGAUUCAAGGAAUAUCGAUGUUCUCCAGAAAGAAUUUCCACUGUAAUAUCUGCUGCUACAUUAGUUCGGAAAUCAAAGGCCGAACUGGAGAAAGAAGGUCCUUCUAGUAAAUAUAUAAAUGCCAUACGGAUUUUAAGCAUAGCUUCUGCGAUGCCAGAUCUGAAAUCUGUGCAAGCGUUGUACUUGGAUUUACCAAUACGUUGUUCUCCAUGCUUGUCUCCCAACAAUUGUUAUGGCCUGGGAAAUUUUAGCCUCGAGGCAAAGAGGAACGUAAUGAACAGGAAUAUAUGAUAGGUUUGUAGCACCAGAGAGGUGAAUAGAGGGCUUCCAUUUUGGGCAAACUAGACUCAUUCAGCAGGCCUCAUCUUUGUAUUAAACAAAUAUGUCGGAAGUUGCAAACAUAUUCAUCUAUAAGCAAAUAUUUUGGCAAUGACAUGAUCCAUCCAUGUCUUGCUUAUGGAUCCGUGUCUCAGAUGAUACAUGCUUUGGGCAUUCAGUGUUUAUGUGCUACUUUUUUUA